AUGCCACCGUCAUACGGAAAUGAGUCUCCGGAGGAACGCGCAGCUAUGGAGGACUUCAAGACGAAUAUCUUCGCGCCUUUCCAGGAGCUCUAUGGGGACAAAUGGGACCAAGCCCGGUGGGACGCUGCUAUCACCAGAUUCAGGGCAGCCCACGAGCCCGUGGUGAUCGAGCGGUUUAUGAAGAUCGCCAGGCUACCGGGGUGGGCCGGCAUUGAGGAGCAGAUGAAGAAAGGCCCGCCCGAAUUCCUGCGUCCUGGGUGGAGGAGCCCUCUCCUCGGCAAAAAGGUCGACCUUGACUGGAUCGACGCAGACGCGUAUGAAUGUGUGCAACCAAGCAAGGAUGGAUGGAGGGACAAAAAAGUUCUUGUAAUCGAGUUUUGGGCGACCUGGUGUCGGCCGUGUCACCCGGUAUGCAAAAUUCUCACGGACGUUGCCGCACAAUACCCAGACGUCAGGGUCAUCACGUUCAAUAACGAAGGGAUAUUCAACAAGGCACCGACCGAUUCGGAAAUUGUAAGGGACUUCGUCACUGAACGGGACGACGUCAAUUAUCCAGUUUAUAUCGAUAAAAAUAAUAUUGCCGUAGAGUCGCUGUUCCAGCCUGGGAAAUGUCUGUCUAUCCCGCUAGUGUUUAUAAUUACCACAAAAGAUUCCGUCGUCCACUGGUUAGGAAAUCCGGAAGAGAUGGCUGCGCCUCUCGAUAACGCGCUGCAGCAUGCCUGA